AUGGCCUCUAUCCCCGCACCCACCGAUUUUAACAAAGACUUGUACGCGCCUCUCUCUGAGGUCGAUCCAGAGAUCCAAAACAUCAUCGACAAGGAGACAUGGCGCCAGUUUUCUGGGCUCGAGCUCAUCGCCUCUGAGAACUUGACGAGCUUGGCAACCAUGCAAGCGAACGGCUCGAUCCUCACUAACAAGUACUCCGAGGGCCUGCCCGGUGCUCGAUACUACGGCGGUAACGAGCACAUCGACGAACUCGAACGCCUUUGCCAACAACGUGCCCUCAAGGCUUUCAACCUCGAUCCCGCCGUAUGGGGCGUGAACGUACAGCCAUACUCUGGCAACCGCCAACUUUGCCGCUUUCACUGCCCUCAUUCAACCUCAAGAUCGUAUCAUGGGCCUUGGACUCCCCGAUGGUGGCCAUCUCACCCAUGGUUACUAUACGCAAAGAAAAAGAUCUCUGCCUCUUCGAUUUACUUCCAGUCCUUCCCUUACGGUCUCGAACCCUCGACCCAGCUCAUCGACUACAACACCCUCGAGUCCCAAGCCCGGCUGUUCAAGCCUCGUCUCAUCGUCUGUGGCGCUAGCGCAUAUCCCCGUGAUUGGGAAUAUGAUCGUCUCAAGAAAGUUUGCGAUGAACAUAGUGCCUGGUUGAUGGCCGAUAUUGCACACACGAGCGGCCUCGUCGCUGCCCAAGAACUCAAAAACCCCUUCGAGUACUGCGAUGUGGUUACUACGACCACACACAAGACCCUUCGCGGACCUCGCGCCGGUCUCAUCUUCUUUAGGAAGGAUAACGCAUAUGCAAAGGAUAUCGAGGCGCGCGUCAACAAUGCUGUAUUCCCCGCUUGUCAAGGUGGCCCACACAACAAUACGAUCGCAGCUAUUGCUACAGCUCUCAAGCAGGUUGCUACUCCAGCCUUCAAGGAGUACGCCAAACAGGUCAUCGCCAACGCUCGCGUUCUUGGUCAAGAACUUGUUUCCAAGAAUUACAAGCUCCAAACCUCGGGUACCGAUAACCACCUUGUACUAUGGGAUCUCCGCCCCCUUGGUCUCACUGGCAGCAAAGUGGAGAAAGUGUGCGAUUUGGUCCAUAUUACCAUUAACAAGAACGCAGUUUCUGGUGACAAAUCCGCUCAAGUACCUGGUGGAAUCCGCCUCGGUACGAGUGCGCUGACAUCCCGCUCUAUGAAAGAGGAAGACAUCAAGCAGGUUGCUGAGUUUUUGCACCGCGCUGUUCAAUUGUCCCUGGCGCUCCAGAAGCAAGCCGGAAGCAAAUUGUUGAAGGAUUUCGAGCGUGCCGCUUCCGAAGGCCAGGGCAAGGCCGACGUCGAGGCUCUCCGGAAAGACGUGCAGGAAUUUGCCCGUCGCUGGCCUUUGCCAGGAGUUGACGUUAACAACCUUACUCGUCCAGAGGGAAUACCCGAGGGUCAUUAG